GUGCGCUGUCGUACCGAACGAACGGAUGCGAUAGCUAAAACUAAAAAUAAAUAAAAUAAAAUACGUUUGAAUUUUUUAUUUUGAAAUAUUAUACUUUGUCGAGUUAUAGUUUUAAUUCAAACGAUUUUCUUUUUUUUUUAAUAAUUCGAUUGUGUUUUUAAAUGUGAUUGUAAAUUUAUAAUAUAUUUUCUCAGUGCCGCGUGUGGAUUUGUUUUUUUGGAUUUUUUCACGUCUUCUUGUGCCAUACCUAUUGUUUUUAUUACAUAAAAAAAUUGAUCAUGGCGCCAUCUAUGAACAUCGCAGAGUACUACGCAGGCAAAACGCUCUUCAUCACAGGGGCCACUGGUUUCAUGGGGAAGGUGAUGGUCGAAAAACUCCUAAGAGAUUGUUCGGAUGUCAAGAAGAUGUAUUUACUAAUGAGACCUAAAAAAGGUCAUAGUAGUAAAGAAAGAUUGGAUGACAUUUUAAGUUUUCGGAUAUUUGAUCGCCUGAAAGCAGAAAACCCUAAACUCUUCGAGAAACUACAGGUCGUGGCCGGAGACAUAUUGUCAGAAGACCUCGGUCUAUCGCCAGAAGACCGUCUUCUGAUACAAGAAGAAGCGCAGAUUAUAUUCCAUUGUGCUGCUUGCGUGAGAUUUGACAUGUUCCUUCGUGAUGCCGUUAAAAUGAACACGAUGGGUACCAAGAAGGUUUUGGAGCUGGCAGAGGGGGUCAAGAACUUACAGGCCUUCGUCCACGUCUCCACAUCCUACUGCCGCUGCGAGCUGCCUAUAUUUGAGGAGAAGCUGUACCCCUCCAAGCACAGACCUGAACAUGUUAUGCACUGCGUCAACUGGAUGGAUGACGAGCUCCUUGGACAUUUGCAGCCGAAAAUAAUCGAGCCACAACCCAACACGUAUGCUUACACCAAGUCUUUGACGGAAGAUCUGGUAUCACAGUACGAGGGAAAAUUCCCCAUCGUGAUCGCACGGCCAUCUAUCGUGGCAGCAGCAUAUAAAGAACCUUUGCCAGGUUGGGUGGACAACCUGAAUGGACCCACUGGACUAUUGGUUGGCGCUGGAAAAGGUGUAAUUCGGACAAUGCACUGUAAUGAGAACUAUGAGGCUGAUGUGGUGCCUGUCGAUGUGACGGUGAACGCCUGCAUCAUUCUAGGAUACUUGACUGGCAUGGAACAGCCGAAGAAGAUAAAUUUCUGCAACAUUACACAGUCUCAAAUCAACCCCAUCACGUGGGGCCAGGCCUUGGAUAUGGGUCGUGUCCACGUCCAAGAGUUUCCAUUCACAGUCUGCCUCUGGUACCCUGGUGGAUCUCCCAAGAGUUCCUGGAUUGCCCACCAACUAGCACUGUUCUUCACACAUAUGCUGCCAGCCUAUUUCGUAGAUCUUCUCAUGUUUCUGAUGGGGAAAAAGACUUUCAUGAUAAAGAUCCAGAAACGGAUCAACUAUGGGUUGGAGGUGUUGCAGUACUACACCACGAAGGAGUGGCACUUUAAAAACGAUUACUUCAUCUCCCUACAGAACAGGAUAUCAAAACGGGAUAACGAGGUCUUCUACACUGAUAUGAAGGAGAUGGACUGGAGUCAGUACAUUAGGAACUACAUCAAGGGAGCCAGGGAGUACUGCUGCAAGGAGGACCCAUCCUCUCUGCCCGCAGCCAGGAGGUUACAGAAACAAUUAUACUACCUGGAUAAAGCCGUGCAAAUCAUGGUUGGAUUACUAGUCUCAUACUUCAUAUAUUAUUAUUUUAAUAUGUUAUAUUCUGUGAUCAGUUCGUAAUAAAUAAAUUAAUUUAAAUAUUAAUUAGUAUUAAGUUAAAAAAACACUUGAACCAUAUAAAUAUUAAUUAAAGAUAAUGUUGAGUAAACAGCAGCUCAUGUAGUGUAGAUUUCCAGUCAACAAGGAUGUAGCGAGGUUGACUGUCCAGGCGACACACGUACUUAGGUAUCGUCAUGAGCUAAUGUUCACAUGUAAACAGCAGCUCAUGUAGUGUAGAUGUCCAGUCAACAAGGAUGUAGCGGUGACUGUCCAGGCGACACACGUACUUAGGUAUCGUCAUGAGCUAAUGUUCACAUGUAAACAGCAGCUCAUGUAGUGUAGAUGUCCAGUCAACAAGGAUGUAGCGGUGACUGUCCAGGCGACACACGUACUUAGGUAUCGUCAUGAGCUAAUGUUCACAUGUAAACAGCAGCUCAUGUAGUGUAGAUGUCCAGUCAACAAGGAUGUAGCGGUGACUGUCCAGGCGACACACGUACUUAGGUAUCGUCAUGAGCUAAUGUUCACAUGUAAACAGCAGCUCAUGUAGUGUAGAUGUCCAGUCAAUUGGUAUUGAAGUCUAGUUAGGAUUAUAUUUGUGAAUUUAUGCCAAUAUUGGAAUACUUUAAAAUCUAUUUAAUCCCCACCCAUAUUGAAUUAGUAUGAUGUUAGGAAAUAUAAACUCCUUUGGUGUUGGGAGAGUCCAUGGGCGGCGGUGAUUGCUUACCAUCAGGUCAUCCGUCAAAAUACCUAAUGUAACCUUGUAUAUAGCUAUUAUAAUCAUUAUGUAAUAUAUACUCUUUUAUUAGUAUAAUUAUUUAAUAUAGCUACUAUCGCGCGGUUUCACCCGCCUCUCUACUCCGUUUGAUCGUAGCGUGAUGUUUUAUAGCCUAUAGCACUCAGGAACAUUGUAGCUACCUAUCAGUGAAAGAAUUUUGGCAAUCCGACCAGCGGUUCCAAAGAUUACCCCCUACAUACAAACUUACAAAUUUUACCUCUUUAUAAUAUUAGUAUUGAUGAAUCAAGUACCUAUAUU